AUGGGUCUCUCUAAUCCGAUUUGGGCAAUCUUGUCCUUCAGUCUCGGUAUUCUUCUCGUGCAACAUAAACCAGAGUACUCCGUGCGAGAAUCCUAUUUCCUAACGGCCCUAUCGAUCUUCUUCACAACACUCGUCGGGAGAAUUGUCUAUACUACAAUCCUAUAUCCGGAAUUCUUUACGCCGCUAAGACAUAUCCAGACUCCGAAGGGAAGAUCAUGGCUCAAAGGCAAUACGCAAUCAUUAUUCAUCGAGUCUCCCGGAUCGCGCUGUCUCCGAUGGAUGGAGGAGAUGCCUGAUGCGGAACUUAUCCGCUACUAUCUAGUAGGAAAUAUGGAAAGAGUGCUUGUAGUGAGCCCUAAAGCUCUAAGCGAGGUUCUUACUCUGAAGUCAUACGACUUUCGUAAGCCUGAUCUGGCACGGAUCUCUCUGGAGCGUAUCACUGGUAAUGGCGUUCUGCUCGCUGAAGGGGACGAGCAUAAGAGACAACGAAAGAAUCUCAUGCCUGCUUUCUCUUAUCGUCAUGUUAAGAAUCUCUACCCAGUCUUCUGGGCCAAAGCAGUCGAGAUGGUCCAGAUGAUUGGCGAUGAGCUUCGCAGCAAACCAAACUCUCAAGAAGAAGAAGAUGAUGAUGAUAAAACAAUCAUAGUCGGCGACUGGGCCAGUAGAGCCACUCUCGACGCCAUCAGCAUCGCCAGCAUGGGCCGCGACUUCGACACGCUCCGCGAUCCAGAUAACGAACUCAACAACCACUACCGCCGCUUACUGAUGGAGCCGUCCGUGAAAAUGAGAAUCCUCUUCCUGGUAGCGAUGUUCCUCGUCGAUUUGGGAUUCUUCCAGAAGAUCCCCAUAAAGCGAAACCGUGACGUUCGCGCAGCAUCAAGCUACAUCCGAACCGUUGCCCGACAACUAGUUCGCGAGAAGAAAGAACGGCUUGAAAAGAAGACACAAGAUGCCAAUGGCAAUGCCAAUACCAACGACGCAGUGACAGCCGCCAGCGACGAAAUCGACAUCAUGUCCGUCGCCCUAACCAGCGGCGGCUUUUCAGAAGAGAAUCUAGUAGAUCAAAUGAUGACUUUCCUCGCAGCAGGGCACGAAACCACCGCUUCUGCCUUCCAAUGGGUCAUCUACGCCCUGUGCAAACAUCCAGGAAUCCAAUCUCGUCUUCGUGACGAAAUCCGCGCAAAUCUCCCAUCCCCAUCACAUACAUCCAAUACCAUCUCCGCCUCAAUCAUCGAUUCCCUUCCCUACCUCAACGCCGUCUGCAAUGAGACUCUCCGCUUCUACCCCUCUGUACCUCUCACCAUCCGAGAAGCAGCCCGCGACACCACCGUUGUCGGCCACCAUAUCCCGAAAGGAUCCCUCCUUGUUUUAGCCCCCGAAGCCACGAACCGGAGUAAGGAACUCUGGGGCCCCGACGCGGAUGUAUUUGAUCCGGAACGAUGGAUGGGUCCAGGACGAGCGAAUACCGGUGGUGCGGAUACGAAUUAUGCGUUUUUGAGUUUCCUGCAUGGUCCGAGAGGGUGUAUUGGUCAGGGGUUUGCGAAGGGGGAGUUGGCGUGCAUGGUGGCUGUUACGGUGGGGAGGUUUCAGAUGGAAUUGAAGAAUCCAGAUGCGGAGUUGAAGAUGAGGAGAGGUGUUACUGUGUCGCCUAUUGAUGGUGUAGAGGCGAGGUUUAGGGUUGUUGAGGGUUGGUAG